AUGAGGAGACAUUGGCUUCCAGAGGUCAAAAUGUCCUUCCGCAGGCCCGACCGCUUGCCCAUUCUCAUGCUGGGUCUCAAGAGAGACCUACGAUCCGAAGACGACCCCAACGGGAUCAUCUAUCCCCAAGAAGCAUACCAGCAGGCGCAGGAGAUCCGCAUAGACAAGUACAUGGAAUGCUCCGCGGUGACGGGCGAACUGCUCAAGCUGGCGUUUGAGGAGAUUGGUAAAACCGCAAUCAUGACGCGGAAGGCCGAGGGAGGACAGAGCGAAGGCGGUUGUGUCGCCAUGUGA